AUGCGCGCGCUCGCCCGUCCCCGACCCCUCAAACCCACCUCCAUCCGUCGCCGAACCACCGACCGACGACAUCCGAUCCCUCGGAUAUUCACCACACCCCUCGACCUGGCCUCGAUCGCGUUCGAUCCGAUCGCGGCGAUUGAAAAACUCGCCGAGAGCGCGCUGUUCGUCAUCUUACGCGAGCGAGAAAAAGUCAACGUGCGCGUCGAUGGCGCGCUCGCGGAGGUGCUGAGCGGGAGCGUACGCGGAGCGAAGAUCUCCGGUACGUCAUGGGCGUCGCCGAAGCGGUUGACGUGUCGAGAGAUUACGUUGGAGGUCGGGGCGUGCGAAGUGGACCCGGGCGCGGUUUUGGCGCUGCGCGGAAUCGUGUUCAAGCGACCGGCGAGCGGGAGGGCGCGAUUGACGUUCGAUUCGGUGGAUUGGGGGAAUUUCUUGACCCACGACGUGUUCAAAGCGUACGUGCGAAAGGUUGGGACGGAUGGAUUGACGUUCGAGGGUGGGACGAGCGCCUCGGUGACGACGGACGGGCGGCUCGCGUUCGUCGCGUCGUGGAGGCGCGAAAGGUGGCGAUGUGAGCUCGAGGCUCGAGAUAAUAACGAGAUCACGAUGCGGUGUGCGAGCGCGAACGGGUCGACGAGCGACGAGGAGACCGCGCGGGCGCUCGAGCGCGAGCUCGAGACGUUCUUCGAGCGUUUAGUCGUCGAGCUCGACGGGAGCGAGUUGAAGUACGCCGGAAUGCGCGUCGACGGCGCUCGAGGUCGAGCGGAUUUCAACCUCGACUUAGUGGUCAACCGCUUCCCCAAUCCGGUGACGGCACGCUUUUAG